GAUGGCGGCCCCGGCCCCGGGGGCUGGAGCAGCCUCGGGCGGUGCUGGCUGUAGCGGCGGUGGCGGCGGUGCGGGUGCGAGCUCGGGCUCUGGGUCCGCGGGGGCCGGCGGUCGGCUGCCCAGCCGCGUGCUGGAGUUGGUGUUCUCCUAUCUGGAGCUGUCGGAGCUGCGGAGCUGCGCCCUGGUGUGCAAGCAUUGGUACCGCUGCCUGCACGGCGAUGAGAACAGCGAGGUGUGGCGGAGCCUGUGCGCCCGCAGCCUGGCCGAAGAGGCUCUGCGCACGGACAUCCUCUGCAACCUGCCCAGCUACAAGGCCAAGGUCCGUGCUUUCCAACAUGCCUUCAGCACUAAUGACUGCUCCAGGAAUGUCUAUAUUAAGAAGAAUGGCUUCACUUUACAUCGAAACCCCAUCGCUCAGAGCACUGAUGGUGCAAGGACCAAGAUUGGUUUCAGUGAGGGCCGCCACGCAUGGGAAGUGUGGUGGGAGGGCCCUUUGGGCACCGUGGCAGUGAUUGGAAUUGCCACCAAGCGAGCCCCCAUGCAGUGCCAAGGUUAUGUGGCAUUGCUAGGCAGCGACGACCAGAGCUGGGGCUGGAAUCUGGUGGACAAUAAUCUACUACAUAAUGGGGAGGUCAAUGGCAGUUUUCCACAAUGCAACAAUGCACCAAAAUACCAGAUAGGAGAAAGAAUUCGUGUCAUCUUGGACAUGGAAGAUAAGACUUUAGCUUUUGAACGCGGAUAUGAGUUCCUGGGGGUUGCCUUUAGAGGACUUCCGAAGGUCUGCUUGUAUCCAGCAGUUUCCGCUGUAUAUGGCAACACAGAAGUGACCUUGGUGUACCUUGGAAAACCCCUGGAUGGAUGACAGUGGCUUUCUUGAGAUGAAAGAAGAGAGUGCCGCUUCUGGGAAUCAUGAAGUGAUGGUUUGUUAUGUGCAUGUCCAAGUAACAUCCUCAGCAACAUGAGAAGUUGUGAACUGGAGAAGCAACUCGGCUGCAGAUUAUUUUAGUGUUUUCUCUUUCCACCGGGCCAGAGAACGCCUCAGGGUUGCAGUUGGUUGAGUGGGCAGUUGACCUAUGCAGGUUGCAACAGAUUUUGUCUCUAAAUUAGCAAUGUUUUCUUUCCAGCUUUAAAGGUGAGGUUUUAGAGAUGCUGUGAGAGAGGAAUAAGGAAGUAGCACAAUUUUCAACUAGUGUGUUGGUGAAGAAAGAUUGAUCCCAUGUUACAACCGCCUGUUCUUUCUCCAGUCCUUUCCCCCCAGCCAGCUUGACUAUCAGAGAAGUAUGAAACUGGCUGUGUUCUAUUUAAUAUUUUUAACAUAUUGAGAAGCAUG